UAGACACCCCAGCUAGUCCGGUGGUAGUGUCGGAUUCACCCGGUGUGCCUAAGUCGGUGCACUCGUGCGCUCUAGCGUUCGUUGGUUUCCCUCCUGCUUCAAUAGACGCCCGAGAGCCCUGGUGCGAACUUCACUUUACGUGGACAUAUACUUCAUUUGAAAAAGUAGCGUUUUUCUUUAAAAUUCCUAACCUUAUAUCCACGUAAUUACGUGGAUUUGGUGCGAAUAGAAUAGACACAGCGUAUAGAAAGAUGGGUGAUACCGAUUUGAACGAGCUUCUUCGCAGAGCAGAACAAAUGGCUGCUACUGUUGAAGGCAAUGGAGAGCUUCCCCAGGUUGAGAGGAACCUUCGACAGAUACUUGAUGGUUCCAAUGAAAUAUGGUCACAAAUGACGCAAACUGGCACCCAGGACAAUCAAGUUCAAGCUCAUCUUCUUCUUGGUUCCAAGGGCAUUGAUCUUACACAGAUUGCCCAGAAAUUGAAUUCUCUAAGUACACGACGAACGUUUGAGCCUCUCGAUCCGAUAGCUGACACAGAUAUUGUCAGUUUUCUCAGGAACGAAAAGGAAAAUGCCAUACUUUCCAUCAUAGAGCAAGUUCACAGAGAUACCUUUGAGACCAAUCGUGUUCAGCAGUUGGAACACGUUCUCGGCGAGUGGAAGCAAAUGAAACACGAAAUAAUAAAUUCGAUGACUGCUCCUUCAGGCGAGUUGGUUGAUCUAAGAGGAACACCUCAGCGCACUAAAGUUGCUAGUUCAUUGUUAAGUAGUUUAUCAAAUGUAGAAGGUGCCUAUGCCAAGGAGUUGCAAAAUUAUAAUGAACACGUACUGAAAGGAGUUAUUAGACCAAAUCUCUUUACUUCCUUCAUAAAAGCAGCAGAAGUAUUUAAUGAUAAAAAAAUUUUGGACAUGUGGCAAAUGGUCAAGUGUAUGGUCGACAUACCUACGAUACCAGCUGGAGAUGAAAUAAAAUCAAGAAACACUUUGGCUGUUGAACAGAGAAUAGUAUCUCAAGCUAGAAAGUAUCUUGAGAAUCGUUACAAAGACUUCAUGAAUUCUUUGGUGAGUGAAAAUAUGGCACAAGCCAAAAGAGGUGGUAUUCCAGGUACACUGCCACUGGUUAUAAGCUUUGUUGGCAUCAAAGUUCAAAACAUGAGAGAUUUGGAAGAAGUAAUUAUUGAAGACAGGCCACUGUGGCCUGUAGUAUAUUAUUGUAUGCGAUCUGGUGAUAUGAAAGCUGCACUGCACUGCUUAAAUCAGUGUGGCACUGAAUUUCAAGAAUUCAGAUCGGCUCUUGAAGAAGCAUGUGAAGAUCUCCAACACCGUCCUAGCUCAAAAACAGAAUCAACACUAAAACUACACUACAGAAAACACGUCAGGUCUGCCACCGAUCCUUACAAAAAGGCAGCUUAUUGCAUACUGGUUCCAUGUGAGCCGGAUGACCUUCAUACUGAGGUCAUGUCAGCUGCUGAAGAUUACCUGUGGCUCAAGUUAUGUCAAGUUAGAGAACAGACUGAUUCAGAAAAUAAGCUCACAUUAGAUCAUUUACAAACAACUAUUUUGGAAGUUUAUGGUGAAUCGUAUUAUCGCGCUAACGAACAGCCACUUUUAUACUUUACAAUGCUCUUCUUGACUGGGCAAUUCGAAGCUGCCAUAGAGUUUCUUGCUAGAGGAGCUGGAGCCCGUUACCUAGCUCAUGCAGUUCAUUUGGCAGCUGCUAUGCAUGAGCAUAGUCUGUUAGCCGUUAGUCAAAGUGUUUUAGCACCUCUCAUAAGUGUUGAUCCUGCAGACAAGCCUCCAGCCAAGAGAUUAAAUUUUGCCAGACUAAUAUUAAUGUAUGCUAAAAGAUUCGAGGCAUCCGAUCCAAAGGAGACUCUUCAUUAUUUGUUCCUACUUCGCUGCAUGAAGGAUCCAUAUGACCGAAAUAUGUUUGCUGCAUCAGUGGCUGAAAUGAUUGUAGAAUCUUCAGCAGAAAAUCGAACGUUACUCGUUGGAAAAAUUGACAAAGAUCGACGGCUGCCCGGACUCGUAGAUCAAUUCCAAGUCAAUACAGAUGAUGUGAUUAAUAUAAGUGCAGAAACUUUCUACAAAAAAGGCCUAUUAGAAGAUGCAGUUAUGAUGUAUGAUUUUGCUGGAAAUCACGAGAGAGUUUUAAGCUUGAUAAACAUACUUUUAGCUCAAGUUGUUAGUCAAAAAAUGACACCUGAAUCACUGAGAAGUCGUUUACAAGCUACAGCAACUGAAAUUAGUCUCAGGUAUCAAGGCUUGCCUAUACAAGCACCAGCAGAAUUAGUAGCUGCUUUCUACACUUUAAGAGAUCUUAUGGUGUUUUUUGAUCAGUUCCACAAUGAUCAGUAUCAAAAUGCUUUGAGGAUAAUAGCAGAUUCAAAAUUAUUGCCACUAAAUGUUAAAGAAGUUGAUGAAAGAGUUACGGCUUUUCGGCGUGUGUCACCAGAAGUAACAGGCACUCUAGCUGAUGUUCUUUUAGCUACUAUGACAAUUCUUUACCGGCAGUAUCAAAAAUUAAGGUCCAGCGAACCGGGAGAUGAGAUCGCAAGAGAGCAACAGUUAACAGAUCUGAGAAAUCAAGCACGUGCCCUUACUAGUUUUGCGGGAACCAUUCCUUAUCGAAUGCCAAAUGAUACGAACGCUCGACUUGUUCAAAUGGAAAUUCUGAUGCAUUGAAAACUAAUCAUCGAAAAGUUAUAUUAAAAAUGUUUUUUUCAUUUUUGUAAUAUUUUUGUAUAUUAUUUUUAAUUGCUAUAAAAAUCAA